GAGAAUGGGCGUCGAGCGGGCUGCCGACCCCAACGAGAUCACGGUCCUCGAGAGGCACGUGGCGAGGGUGAGGCAGUGCAGCGGGGAUGGGAUCGUGGACGUUGGCGACGGCAGCGCAGCGAGUAGCUUCGAGGCGAACUUCAGGCAGCACUUCGAGGACCAAGCUGCGGCAGCCACGAACCGCGGAG